AUGUCCCUGCCCGCAGUCAGACGCCUGACCCACUCAUCUCCCCGCACUUUGGCCCGCAUCUCCAGACUGCCCACUUUGGCUUCUUCCAUCAACAUCGCCCCUCGAAUUCCCGCUCGUGCUUCACGCUUCUCAACCAUGGCCGCCCGUCAAUCUGCUGCCCCGGCAGUUCCCUCCGACAAGCCGUAUGACACCGAAAUUCAAGAUAUGGCCAGCUAUAUCCACGGCUACAAAGUGGAUUCCGACUUGGCGUUCGACACAGCUCGUCUGGUUUUCCUGGACACUCUGGGCUGCGGUCUGGAGGCCCUGAAGUUCAAGGAGUGCGCCAAGCUCCUAGGUCCCGUUGUUGACGGAACUGUUGUCCCCAACGGUACUCGCGUCUUCGGUACUCCUUACCAGCUAGACCCCGUCAAUGGAGCUUUCAACAUUGGUGCUAUGAUCCGCUGGCUCGAUUACAACGACUGCUGGUUGGCUGCUGAGUGGGGUCACCCCUCCGAUAACCUCGGCGGUAUUCUGGCCGUAGCUGAUUGGAUCUCGCGCACCAACCGUGCUGGUGGAAACCUUGGAAAUGGCAAGAUCCUGAAGAUCCGUGAUGUCUUGGAGGCCAUGAUCAAGGCUCACGAGAUUCAGGGUGUCUUGGCCCUUGAGAACUCCUACAACAAGGUCGGCCUGGACCACGUCGUUUUGGUCAAGGUUGCGACCGCCGCUGUCGUCUCCAAGAUGUUGGAUCUUACCGAGCAACAGACGGCCGAUGCUAUUACCCAAGCUUGGGUUGACGGCCAGUCUCUCCGUACCUACCGUCACUCCCCCAACACCAUGUCCCGCAAGUCCUGGGCCGCCGGUGAUGCUUGCCAGCGCGCCGUGAACCUAGUCCUGAAGGUCCAGAAGGGCGAGGGUGGUCUCCGCUCCGUUCUCACUGCUCCCACCUGGGGAUUCUACGAUGUCCUGUUCAAGGGCAAGAAGUUCCAGUUCCAGCGCCCCUACGGCAGUUACGUCAUGGAGAACGUUCUGUUCAAGGUCUCCUACCCUGCCGAGUUCCACUCCCAGACUGCCAUCGAGGCAGCUGAGAAGGUCAACGCCAAGCUUGCUUCUAUGGGCAAGAGUGCCAAGGACAUCAAGGAGAUCACCAACCGCACACACGAAGCAUGCAUCCGUAUCAUUGACAAGCAGUUCAAGGAGAUGGACAACUUUGCUGACCGCGACCACUGCGUUCAGUACAUGGUUGCCACCAUGCUUGUCUUCGGUCGCCUCACUGCUGCCGACUACGCCGACGGAUCUGAGGCCGCCACCUCCCCUCUGCUCGAGGAUCUCCGCAAGCGCAUCCGCUGUGUUGAGGACACCAAGUUCACCACCGACUACCACGACCCUACCAAGCGCACCAUCCCUAACGCGCUGACCGUCACCCUGAACGACGGCACUGUCCUUGAAGAGAUCUCCGUUGAGGCUCCUCUGGGUCACCGUCUCCGUCGCGAGGAGGCUAAGCCCGAGAUUCUGUCGAAGUACAAGCGUCACCUCGAGGCACACUUCGACCAGGCUCGCGUUGAUGAGCUGCUGAAGGUGGGCUGGGACCGCGCUCAGCUGGAGAACUACGAUGUCGACCAGUAUGUCGACCUCUACGUGAAGGACAAGACCAUUGCUCCUUCCAACUAA